CCCGUCAAGCACGGUUGCAUUAAGGAGGACACCGUUCCCAGGGCACAAAGUUCAGGGCACAUCCAAACAGCACCCUGCCGUGAAGGAAAGGCCCUGCUCCCCAGGGCUGUCCACAGACUGUUUAACCACCGCUUCACAGAUCAGGACCAUGUACUUGGAGGCUCUGGGAGCUCCAAAGUCAAGUGAACAUGGGGACUUAACUGUGCGGCCUGAAACUGUAUAGCUUGACUAGUCCAGCUUGCUCACCACAGUGGACACACACAGCUUCUGAGGUCUCGAUCUUUAUGUGUCACAAUCUCUCGACAGGAGGAAGAUGGCGGUCUGCUGAAGAAGAAAUGGCCAACGGUAGACGCCUCUUACUAUGGUGGCCGUGGUGUUGGAGGCAUCAAAAGGAUGGAGGUACCUACUUCCGGCUGAAUGGUCUGGGCCUGACCCAGAAAGGCCGCCUCUCCCUGUGCUAACCCUGACCAACGUCCAGCAGGAGUCUGGAGUCACUGAGAAUGAAACCCCAACAGCCAGGAAGCCAAGCCCCAGAGGUGUUUUUAAAGGUCAGGAAGAAAACAGAAUACCUGCCUACGGCUCCUUCACCCACAGCUGAGAAGGAUGAUUUGCUGUGUGGACAAUUCAGAGCAGAAGCUCUUGGUUGGAGAGAGACUGGACUUCUGCACUCUUGACAGAUUAUACUCCCACUUUUACAAGCCGUUUUGACCACCAUACAAGCAGAAACUCUUGUUGUUGGAGAGCAACUGGCCUUCUGCGCUCUUGACAGAUUAUACUCGUAUUUUCACAAGCCGUUUUGAACACCAUAUACAGAAGCUCUUGUUGGAGAGCGACUGGACUUCUGCGCUCCGCUCCUGACACACAUACUUGGACUUACUAAGAACUUACUAUACAAUGUUUGGUUCUAGCCGCAUGAAGGAGGAGGGCCUGGCUCUGAAGCAGGGCGUGAAGGCCUGCUCCUCUGUGGAGGACCCCUUCAACACCUAUUAUAAGAUGAUGAGGACUCUGGGACACGGACAUUUUUCUGAAGUUAAAAUGGUGUUCCAUGUGCCCACUGUGACCUGUGUGGCUGUAAAAAUCCUUAGAGAUAAGAAGUACAACGCGAUUUUUAACAAUGAGAUCAGCAUUAUGAAAUCCCUGAACCAUCCAAAUAUCGUCAGGCUAUUUCACGUGUUGGAGACAGCAGAGACCACCUACCUGGUGAUGGAGCACGCCUCCGCCUCCGAGGGAGAGCUGCUGAGGCACAUCCUGGAACGGGGGCCUUUAGAGGAGAUUGAGGCCCAAAGGAUAUUCACGCAGAUCGCACGUGCUGUGGAUUACUGUCAUGAUAACCGAGUUGUCCACAGAGACAUUAAAGCCACGAACAUCCUGUUGGACUGCAGAGGGAACUCCAAACUGAUAGAUUUUAGUCUCGCUGUCAAAGUGACUCCUGGGCAGAAACUGCGGGGUUUCUGCGGCACUGGGCCCUAUUGUGCCCCAGAACUCUUUGCACAGCACGAAUAUGAAGCUUAUCCCGUUGAUGUGUGGUGUUUGGGGAUUCUACUCUUCCUCAUGGUGUCUGGACGUUACCCUUUCCAGGCCAGUUCGUUUGCAGGCAUGAAGAACAAGGUCACCUCGGGCAACCUUCAAAUUCCUCACCAGGUGUCCAUCAAUUUUUCCAAUGUCAUCAUUGAUCUACUGAGAAUCAAUCCCGGCAGGAGGCCCACCAUUUAUUCUAUAAAUAGAUUUAUACUAUAAUAGGCAAAGAAAUGUUUCCUCUAAUAGGGUGAAGCAAUUCUUUGCCUAUUAUACUAUAAAUAGGUUUAUAGUAUAAUAGGCAAAGAAAUGUUUCCUCUUACUAGAUAUAUAUGUAGGUUCCUUAUCAGUCUUAAUUUGUGAGGGUAUUUCCCAAAUUUCCACUAUUUCUAGGGAAUGUGCAAUUACACAAUCAGCCUUUUCAGCACUUAAACCAGGUGCCCAUUGAAACCCUGGGUAUACAUCUCUGGUAUGGAGUACAUACCUCUGUUUUCCAAAUUCUGCAAAAUAAAACACAUCCAUCUGCCAUGUUUCGCUGUUUUUGGUAUCCCUAAGCUUACUUCCAGCAGGUAAUGGAGUGUGGUUAUACAGAGGACAUG